GUCAUUUACAUUUGGUCACACUCUUUUGUCAUUCACUAGAAAUGUAAUUUCUGCCGGUGUUAAAACGCGGAUCGUGUUUUAUUUAUUUUGCAAUCGUUUUUUAUAAAAUUUGGUUGCGUUUUUUUUAUGUUUGAAGACGAUGAUAAAGUUAUUAUAAUGCAUGUUGACUGUGUAAACAUAAAUGCGUUUGUCACCUAAGCCGCAACCGUAGUCGCAUUCGAUGCAAACGUUUGCCGCUCUCAACAAACCAAACACGUGAAGCAUAAAUACAAAACCAAAAUUGCGAUGCCUGAAAACUUGGAUCUCUGUGACAUUGAUUUUUUGCUCGGUUCUCCACCAUGUCAAAUGCAAAAUGAAGCCACUUUUGAUCUACAUGUGCCAGGCAACCGCAAAUCCAGCAAGAAACGUUCUCUGCUCGCUGAACGCAUUGCGGACAGCGAUGAGUUAGUGCGUCAAUUGAAGCAGCUGCAGGGCAACCAGCAGCAGUUGAAUGAUCUGCGACGCUCCGCUGGCGAGGUAACCGAACUCUAUCAGCAUGAGAAACAGCAGCGGGAGGAGCUCGAGCGACGUCUAACUGAACGGAAUCAACGUUGUUGCGAACUAGAGAAGCAGCUGGAUGUGCAGCAAUUGAACAGCGAGAAUCUGCAAGAACAGCUCAAAGUCCGCGCAUUGCCAGUCGAUGCCAAGGACAUGGUCACCAUAUUCAUGCAACUAACACAGCGCGUGGGUGGCGAAGAUUCGCCAGCCAGCGGUUUAUUGCGGCGUGAACACAAUUUGAUGCGAAAACUGAAGGAGUACUGCAAGACAUGUAAGAUUGUAAUACCUCCAGCUCCAGCGAUUAAAAGUCCACCAGCCAAGCGAAGCAAGGCCACAUGUGGAACUGCAAUUGCAACGCAAACAACACAAACAACACAAACAAAUGAGCUGCCCAGCAAGAAACCAGAAAUGUGUUCGAUUGCGGUGCAAAGCGAGAACGUAGCAGUUGCCACACGCAAUCAGGGCACGCAGCACAAGUAUAUGACCACAACGCGAGGCACAACUACAGCAUCUUUUAUCAAAAAACACGAUGUGGGCACCUGUUUUCCAGAGCCCAAAGCUCCACUAUCUGUGCAACAGAUUUUAAGCGAUAUGCUCACGUGGAGCAGUUCAAGUCAAAGGCCUCUAAGUCCCAUUGGUGAUCUGCUGCCAGAACCGGAUGUGGUAUCAACGACUAGUCUGGGCACCUGCACUGACUUGUGCAACGUGCUGCGUGAGAUUGAUUAUCUGCCUGCAGUACCAGCAGAUUUGAAACGUUCGACUUCGCGGCCACCCUCACGCGCCAGCGUAAAAGAUGAGUUGCCGACCACGCCCACACUGGGGGCCUAUGGUCAUCAUAUGGCCAAGGAGCUGCUCAACAUACUGCCGCACAAUCAAAGCGUGUUGACUGAUUUGCCGCCGCAUGUUUUCAACGAAAUCUGGCAAGUUAUGGGCCAAAUGGUGCUCGUUGUCUUACAGCGCCGCUCCACAAACGCUGCACCAGCGACACCAACACCAACACCUGUACCUACUCCGCCUCCCACCAUCAGUCAGGCUGACUUUAGCAGCUGGUUCGAUGCCCUGCACGAGAGUUCCUUGAACCUGGCGAUGUCCAGCAAUAAAGAUCAUGCUGAGAUUGAUGUGCCAGCGGAGGAAGAAACAGUUGGUGGCAUGGAUAUAGGCACUGAUCCUAUAAUAAUGCCACCUCCCAACGAAUUAACGCCCAUUAAGCUGCCUGUGAGACCCAAAUUUCGCAUGAAAUCACGCAUAAAACCAAAGCCAAAGAAGAAAAAACGUCGUGUCGUUAUAAAAACAAAAUCCUCGGCGAAAAAACAACAAAGCGAAAACGAUUGUAAAACUGUCGACACAGCAGAUUCUGCAGUUUAUUUCCUUAGCAAUUUAAAUGUGUUUAAAAGCUCCAACUGUGAUAUUUUGGACAUUCAGCUUGACCCAGAGGAACAGCGCUUACUUGAAAUGACUUCUGCAACAGAGGCCUUUAAACAAACUGUUGAUUGUCAAGAAGAAACUCCCCAGCGGGUCUUUUCAUCAACAUCCGGCCAAAGUCAAAUUAAUGAGAACUCGGCUGAUAAAGAAAACAUUCUCCAGAAACCAAAGAAUUCUCUUCAAAGCACUUCUAUUGUUCCAGAAAUACAAGCUGAUAAUCGACAGUUUUCGAUACUUGAAUUUACACAAGACCGUCCACAGAGCAUGCAUACAAUUUCAUCAUGCCAAAAUGAAACCCAACCAACUCUUGAUGAAGUAGACACAGCACCAUCUCACCUGCUUAAAGAUACAGGAAGUUUCUUACAGAGCAGCAUUCAAACUUCAGCCCACAACAAUCAAAAGGAGUCAACAGCUGCGAAUGAGAAGGAAUCUUAUGAUGGGAAAACACUAGAUAAAGAAGUUCCUACAGAAAAGCUAUCUUUAACUUUUUGCCAACCUAAACAACUUACAAAAUCAUUAGUUGAGAUUAAAGAGGAUUCAGUAAAUAAACAUUGGAUGCCACAAAAUACAGUUAUAAUAUCACCUCAUCGAGAGAAAGAGGAAUCUACAUUAAACGAGGAUAAGACUUCAAAAGAUGAGGAAUCUUCGACAGAAGAUCAUUCGCAAUGCGUGCUUUCAGCUUCAACAUACAAUACUCGAGUACGUUCACUAUUUGGCAGUGAUGACGAUUCAGAUAAUGAACAAUUUGAGGAAGAUUCCUCAUCAUUUACAUCCAAGUGUUUCCAGGACUCGAACCAAAGUGAGUCGUCACGGGAGGACUGGGAUGAUGAACAGCCAGCAGUUUGUCCAGAAGAAAAGAAUACACUUUCAUCUACACUUAAAGAAGCUGUAAACAAUUCAUUAACUGAGUCGGAUGUUGAACAGCCGAAACUUUUGGCUCAUUCUGAAGAUUUGCAACAAUGCUCACCUCCAUCUUUCAACUACAAAAAUCAACAGAUGUCCUCAUUUGAUGCACAUCCAAACUCUCCUUUAUUACAUUAUAAUGCAGAAAUGCAUGUAAACUUCUCGGAUGUGGAAAGCAUCGGAUCUGGCUGUGAUUUAGUCAUUGAUGAUGGUAAUCUGCCGGAUGGGGAUACAGACUGUCAAAGUGACGAGCCGAUUCAACCGGUUCCUGUAGGUAAUCGUAAGCGAAAGGCAAGUUCAUCCAGCAGACUAGAGUAUCAACCAGUUGAAAAGCGACUAACACGUUCCCAAGCUAAGCAGUUACUCGUAGAAAGUGCAAAUGUGGACAACAGCAAUCCGCAGCCAAGCGAUACUACAUUCUCUUCACCCAUGUCACCUGUUGCGGCUACCGACUGCGAAGGAAGUGACUUAGCACCCAUCGAAAUUCCACUGCAGUCACCUGGAGAGGAGCUCAAUGCUAGAGAACCGAAGGCACUGCUCAGCUACGUUGUCAACGAAGUCAAAGCCAUUGCCAAGCAAUGUGGUAAACGGCCGCAGCAGCAGCAGAGUGUAGAGCAAUUAAAGCUGAAAGUGGUCGAUUACAUGAUAAACUUCAAGGAGUUGGAGACUUCGUGCUUUGAGAGUCUCAAUCGAGAUGAAAGUGUCGCUUGUGAUGUCAUAAUUAAUGCAUAUGGAACAGAUGAGGCUAAGAUAGAAGAUGUCAAUGCUCUGGAGCGUCUAAUGUUGGUUGUUCGAAGAAUUCAGUUGCAGAACAAUUCUCUAAUACCCCGUUUGAUGAGCAUGUUGGAGCAACGCUUAUUCACACUAAAGGAGCGACUAAACACACAAAUGUCACACAAAUAUCUGCGAUUGCAUUUGCAGUUGAUUGCCAUGCAAAAGAGUCUCAUGGUGCCUGGCCAAAGUUUUGUGAAUCCAGCACGUUUGCUGCUGGCCAAAAUACUGUAUCACUACAAGAAUGACAUGACAUUACUGGUCCUCGAGGUGCUCAACCACUUUCCAACGGUGCUGCCAUAUCGCGAGGAACGUGGCUACAAUCAUGCCGAUCCACUAAUUACGGUCAUCAAGCAUUUGCUAAUGGGUCACAAGUACGAGGUGCAAGAUGCGGAAGGCGCUGAUCGUGCAUUGAUCUCCAAACUGCGAUUCCAAUACCACUUUCAGCCCUUUGAGCCCACCAAGCAGCAGGUGAUUGAGAAUCUGGUAGAGAAACUAAAAGCCGGUCGACUAGAUCAAUUGUGCUACGCCUUUGCACUAUUCUGUCGACGCGCAACUCCGACGCAAGUCCUCAAAGGCGUGCUGGAGGCACAUCUGCUGCCGCUGGCUAACAGCUACUGUGAUUUGUGCAUGCAGAGCGAGGAGUAUGAUGCACGCAUGGAGGCUCUGCUGCAAAGCAUAUCGAUGAUUGUGAAGCAAAUGCCGCUAGGCCAACAAAUCGAUAUCAUCAACUACAUUGCGCUCUUCAAGCGCAUUCUUGUGGCAGUGCCACGUCCUAGGGUCCAACAGGCUGCUGUCCAGGCCAUAUUGCGUACUCAACGAUUUGGUUAUGGCUUUGCGUUGGAUGCGCUGCAGAGCUACAGACCCAACUAUCAACUCUCUCCUAUGACGCGAGCCAUGAUGCGCAGCUAUGCGGAGCGUCGUCGACAGUAUCAGCUGCACAAGAAGGCGCCGUUUUGUCAGAAGGAUGCAAAUGGAAACCAAUCAGUUCGUUAAAUUUCUUCUUUUUUAUGAAUUGUAACUAUUUAUUUGUGUGAAUGUAUAUAUAUUUAUAUAUAUUAUAUGAAUUAAACUAAAUGCUAACUGCAAUAGAUAUUUUUACAACUUUAAGCUUACAAACUAAAAUUAAUUUGAUUAAAAAAAGGAAUACACAUUGCAUGUAGAAAUGAUUGCACAUUAAAAAUGGAAAUGGAAAGCGUUCAAAGUCAUGUUGUGUGUCAAUCAAGCAACAGAAUUUAAGCAUAA